AAGAGUUUAAAGUGUUUACAGAAAAUGAGAAGCUGGGACAACAUCCCACACAAGCGCAUGCUCCGGAUGAUAAUAUUUAACAUCCCAAGGGACAUGACGGAGAAGGAGAUACUAGCCUGUAUCAUGAAGCAGAACCAGGACAGGUUGAAAAAAGAAGACGCGGCAAAAGUGAAGUUCUGCUUCGGGAUAGGGCGCAAGCACAACGAGGAAACCAACUGGGUAAUUGAGAUACACCCCCAGCACGAAGAAAUCAUGUUAAGAGCCUGCGACGCGGCCAUUCCGAAGAAGAAAUGGCACAAUAGAUCCGUAUCAUGGUGGAUGGAGGAGGUCACACGAGAAAAUAGAGACACCUACCGGGCAAGAAGGAGGAAGUACCAGAGGGCUAAGGGCCCUGCAACGAGGGAACAAGAAAAGCUGCUGUACCGGCAAAUCAGGUAGGAAUGCACGAAAAUGGCGACGAAGGCGAAGAUCCAGAGAUGGCGGGAAAUCGUAACCGAAAAAGGAAACAAAAAGCUUUGGGGCAUUGUCUACAAAACGGUGACGGGUAAACUCAGGGGAGAAGAGACGAUAUUCACAUUGCGAACGCCACAAGGGGAUAUACCUCCAACUGGCGAUCCACCGCAGCGGCGAUGCUAUCGGCCCUCAUACCCGACGAACACCUUGUAGUAUAAUUUCUAACUCGAGGUAUGGCGCGGUCGACCAAAAGGUCGGUCCCUGGAACGCACACAUUACUGCUAGCAGGUUGAUGACUGACCGUAUAAUAGAUCGAUACCAAGCCGUAACUUCAUUGCAGACACAUCGGCUAACCUAUUCGACGAGUCUGCUGAAAGCUUUCUGCUGAUCACGGAUUCGUUUGAAGCCAACUGUGACGCUCCUUCGACCAAUGUCCGCAAGUUUUUUCAACAUGAUCAGUGGAUCUAGAGGAUUGAACGAACUCGCUGACUUUUGGUGGCCAAGAUAGUAAGCGUGUAGUGCCAUAGAUAAUUACUAUAAUAUAAUAGAAAAUCAUUCUAUGAAUAAUGGAUACUUAUUCUAGGAACGACAAUUAGUAUGGAUAGUCAUUUUAAAGAUAAUUGUUAUUACGUAUUGUUGUGAAUAAUUACUAUUAUUAUAAAUAAUUAUUAUUAGGAAUUAUAUGGAUACACACAAUUAGUUUCGUGGCAGUAAGAGGAUUUACUGUCCAUCUACUAAAAGCAUUAAGCUUUCACAAUGAAUAAUGGGGACCAUUCGAAUUAUCGCAGACUGCAACUUGAACAACCGCCGAAACUAUUAGGACUAUUGAAGCUAUCAGCCUUCCAUGAAGAUUUGUAGGCCAAUAAAGCUACUCAGAUGUUCUACAAGUAUCUUACAGCUACUAGAAUUAAUACGUAAUCUCGUAGAAACUUCUCAAGUAUUGACUAAAUAAUAAUCUUUUU